UAAUUGUUUACAUCACGGGUGUUAUACUGAUAAAAUCAAGUAUUAUAGUAUUGAUUUAAAUUAAAUAAGAGUAAUGUAGAUCUUCAAUCCUGAAGUUAUCGAAGAAGAAACACGAAUUUAUUUAAAUAAAAUUUAAGAAUUAACAUAAUUUAUUCUUACAUCUAAAAAUUUCAAAAAUAGUUCAAAAACGUAAUAUACCCUUGUCACGGUUAAUAAAUAUAAUUUGUAUAGGGCAAAGAUAUUUCUUCAUUUUACACAAUCAGAAUUUGAUAAACCUACAAUUUUUGUCUUAGACAAAGCAUUCUAUUUAAUUUACAAUGUUGUAUAACCUACUUUCCUGUUAAGUUUUGAAUGUUGUUUAAAUGAUAUAUAUAAAUAAAACUCUAAUAUGAUAGUGUGUUCCAGCAAAGGUCCUAUCAGAAAUAUAAAUGGUAAACCAUCGCCAGAUAUGAAGAGAAGCACAAAACGGGAGAGAUAUAGAUAUGGAGACAGUAGUGAAGGACCUCCAGCUAAGAGGAUUCAAGUUGGCUUUACUAUUAACUACCAAGUGUUAACAAGAGCAGCUGAAUCUGUGUCAUCUGGUGCGAAGUCACCUGUAUCAGCACUCAAUGAGCUGGGAAUCAAAGUAACAUACACUGUGCUCGACUAUAGAGGCCCGCCGCACUGUCCUAGCUUUACUGUGGCAGUUACUGCGGCUGAUAUGACAUUUAAAGGCCACGGCACGAGCAAGCGCGACGCAAGAGCCAAUGCGGCAAAGGUCUGCCUCAAUACACUGCUGGCGAAUGCCGGACAGAUAAUGCCGAAAAAUAAUGAUAUUGAUUUUAGCAAUGAUCAAGUAGUUCAUGCAUCUGUGCCAAAAUUCCAACUUCCACUAAAACCCAGUCAGGUUGAGGAGACAAACGUUUUGCAGGAGACAUCGGCACCAUUGCCGGUUCGAGAAACCCGUGAUGUAAAUGAACCAGCCCCAUUGUUCACGCCAGUAUACAGUCUUCCAUCACACAAAAGUCCUGUGAAUAUUGUGUAUGAGACCUUUCCGGGAGUUGUAUUUAGUACAACUCUAGGUGACGGCUCACCACUUGAUUCGGAGACUGUUCCAGCACAAAUAAGUCACAGCAUGCGUUUCAAGACAGUGUGCAAGAUCAAAGAGCAGGUCUUUGAAGGUUAUGGUUCUAGUAAAAAGCAAUCUAAGCUGGCCGCUUCGAGGUCAGCGUUGGCCAGCCUCCUGGGAACACCAACAGAGCAAAUAUCAACGCCGACCACAUAUUGCAAUACUCUUCCUCAAUAUAUUGCCGAUCAUGUUUCUAAAUUGAUAAAUGAGAAAUUCACCGAACUCAUGCGGAAUGAUCCGGCGCAUUCCAAGCGAAAAGUCUUGGCUGGAAUUGUCAUGACUAUAGGAGAAGGUAUCGAGAAGUCGAAGAUUAUAGCAGUAUCUACCGGGACUAAAUGUGUUUCGGGCGAAUAUAUGUCGGUCAGUGGAAGAGCUGUCAACGACUGUCACGCGGAGGUGGCCGCGCGGCGUUGUCUACAGCGAUAUCUGUACAAUCAAUUGUUGAUGUACGCAAGUUCUAAAAAUCCCCGUAUGCCAAUAGAGGAAUCUGAUCUAGAACCUUUGCCGGAAGGUGGAUACAGAUUAAAAGAGAAUAGACAACUCCAUUUAUAUAUAAGUACAGCGCCGUGUGGUGAUGGAAGGAUAUUCAGCCCUCAUGAGACCCAGACGGAACGGGAUAAACAUCCAAACAGAUUCUCUCGAGGGCAGCUUCGUAGCAAGAUAGAGUCUGGUGAAGGGACAAUACCAGUGAAGAAGUCUGCGUUCAUACAAACUUGGGAUGGAGUUUUACAGGGCGAGCGUCUGCUAACAAUGUCGUGCUCGGAUAAAGUGGCGCGCUGGUGUGUCACCGGCCUACAGGGGGCGCUUUUAUCGCAACUCAUCAAGCCUAUUUACCUCAAUUCGUUGGUGCUUGGGUCCUUGCUGCAUACGGAGCAUAUGUAUAGAGCACUCUGUGGACGUAUUGAAGGAUUCAUACAAGGUUUGCCGGCGCCGUAUCGUCUUGUUGCGCCGAAGUUAGCGCGCGCUGCAAGCACGGAGACUAGAUCGCCUGCGCGCGCGCCGUCUUUCUCUGUUUGCUGGUGUGCUAUUGCCCAGGCACCAGAAGUGGUGAACGCGGUAACUGGGAAACUGGAUAAUGAACUACCCUCACUUUUGUGUAAACAAGCAAUGUUCGCGAGGUGGAUAUAUCUUACAAAGCAACUUCAACCUUUAGCACAGGGGAACGUUGUUGGGAGACCAUUGGUACAGGAUCCGGAGAAGUUACUCUACGCUGAGGCAAAGCAGCUUUCGACUAGCUAUCAGAUGGCGAAACAGUGCCUUGUGACGGCGUUUGAGAAAGCUCAACUGGGAACGUGGGUGAAGAAACCAAUAGAACAGGAUCAAUUCUUAUGUGAGAUACACGAGGCCAGCCCUCAAGUACUGUUCGCCUAGGCGGGUCACGAACCAUGUAUCACCACGCAGGGAAUCAAACCCGGGCUAAACACUUCAAAUAUUCACGCGUCGGAUCAAAAACUAUCAUUUAAAGAGAAUUUACAUAACAAUUCAAAACGCAUACGCAAUGUAGAUGAAAUUAACGAUAAAGAAAAUGCGGGCUUAGGACCAAAUCCUAAAAUAAGUUCAAACGAUACUUUUAAUUUUAAAAGUAAAGAAUUUGAUCUAGAAAUUGGGAAACGUCACGUUAAUAACGAAUUUGAAGUCAUAUUAAAUAAGUAUUUAAAAAAUUAUAAUAACUAACGUUGUCAAACGCGGAAAGUUCAAUUUCAAUAAUGACACCAGUUCGAAACAAAGUUAUUCAAAUACGUAACCAGUUAAUAAUCAAAUGUUUAUUCUGACGUUAAAGAAUAUAAAAUAAGACUAAAAUGCUUUGAACCUAAAACUGUUUUUGAUAAUAAAGAAAAUUUAGAUGUUAAAUAUGGAGUAAGAAAGACUGACUAUAAAGAUUAUUAAGACUUUAGUAACGUAAUAGCAAAUCUAAAUCAAUUCAACGAUUCAAAAAAUGAUUAUAUAUGAUGAUGUUAAUAAUUGAUAGCUAAAAAAAUAUAUAAAAGCUAAAUUUGAUUCUUAAAAAAAAAACUGAUAUUUGCGAGUCUUUGAAUGCGGAAAGAACUUAAUUGUAUCAAAAUAUCUGAAACGGGCAAUGAAUCCAAUAGAUGUAAGACUAGAAAAGGCGGGAAAAAAAAUAGUAACACAAUUAUGUCGUCAAAUUAGAAUUUAAUAAACUAAUCGCGUUAUUUUAGUUAUGAUAUUAUGGCGUACGUAAGAAUGAUAACAAAACUACAUUUUAAAACUAUAGUUAUAGCCUAAACAAUUACUAACUUGGGCCUGUAAAUAGAGUUUUAAAAAUGACAUUAAUGACGAACAACGGACUUAGAGCAUAAUAAAAGAACAGAGAAAAAAUCUAAUUGUUAUACAAUAUAGAUUAGAAAACAAUUUAGGUAUUCAAUAGCGGCUACUUGCUGAAAGUUUUCUACGACGUCUAAUGUCAGUGUCAAUGUAACUAAAUACUUGUCAAUCAUUUCUGAAAUGUGUUAAGUCCGGGUGUCACUGCUCACCAUAUAUUGCUGCGUGUUGGUAUUCAAGUUCGUGAUCAACUUAGCCGACAGUUGACAUUUCCAGAAUGUUGCCAGUAAGUAAAUAUUAUUGACAAUUAUUUAAAUUUCGUCCGUUCGCGCCAAUUUGAAUAUUGACAAUAAUAUUUUAUUUUAGCUACUUAAAGCAAAUGUUUAUAAUUCUAUUACGAUUAAUAAUUUUCCCAGUAUUCAUUAUAUAUUUUUUAUUGUUCAGCUUAUUAGUUCUAAGUAAAGGCGUUAAUUAACCAAUGCAAAAUAUGGUAAUUUCGAUUAUUUUUAAAUGUUUAUGUUUAGACAGAUACUAGAAAUCAACGGGGAUGAAAAUUUCUCGUAGUUUGUAAAUGCAUAUAAUGCCAAAGUAUUGUCAAAUGUCAUUUUAUUGUAGUAUUGUGCUACUGUUAUUGUUAAGAAAUUGUGUGUCGUUUGUAUUAAAAAUAGCUUUUAAGUAUUGUAAUUAAAAAAAAUUUACGUGUAUAUGCAUUACUAAAUUAAAUGGCAUUAAUCGACAAAUAGUUACAAUAUAUACAAGCACAAAAUUGAUCUUGAUAAUAUGGAAAAUAAUAACGUAACAUUCUGUAUAAUAAUUGUUGCUCACCCUUCAGAACACUAUCUGUGGCGAAUGCAUCACUAUGAUCAUUUUUCAAUUUGACAAUUGACAUUUGAAAGUAGAGAUAAUGGUAGAAUACUAAUACGUUUAGAAACCAACUCAAACAUUUGUCGACAUCAAGUGUCAACUGUCAGUUAUCAAUUGUCAUCAAGCUGUCUUGAGGUUACGCGAUGCAUGGCCAUCUCUAUGGUUAGCUAACUUCUGCCAUGAGUUUGACAAAGUUUUGAAUUGUUAUUAAAAUAAAAUACAUACGUGUUUGUGUGAUUUAAUAAAAAAUAUCCUAAUAAUUAUUGGCAAUGCAGCUUUUAAUCUAGUCAUUCAUGGAACAUAAACAAAUGUCUAUUAGCGGCAAUGUGUGCUUUAACCCCAGUCCGUCUUAAAUUUCUAAACAGUUUAUUGGUUUUAAAGAAUUACAUACUUAAAAAAGUUUGUAAUUUGUGUUUUGUCUCAUUUUAUUUAAUUAUGUUUACGUAGUGUAGUGUAGUAGUAGUACGUCAAAAAUUUCACGUUAAACCCAGAUGACAUUUUAUUUUUUUAUUUCUAAUCAACAAUUUAACGUCACACGACUCAAAGAAUUUCUACCAAAAUAAACACUUUGUCCCUAUCACUCUGAUGUUAUAUGAACGAGACAAAACACGUACGUUUAGGUAAAUUUUACAUUUGACGAAUUAAAUCUCCCUAAACCUAAUUUUAUAUGUAAUAUUGCUUUAACACGCACAAUGUGAGUAUUGCUAGUCUAUUUUUCUAUUGUUUAACUGUUGAUGGGUAAGUUUUCAUAGUUUGGGUAUUAAGUUGUGAUCAUAAUUUUAAGAAUUAAAUUUGAUUUAUA